AUGACACGCAGAACAUCGGGUCGCACUGGAAAUAAGAAGCAAGAGACGGGUCAGAACGAGGUUCCAGACGGAAACAAUGAAGAAAUGACACCACAUGAAGCAACAGAAGACUCAGAAGUCAGGAGAAAUAGACGCAGAAGCUCAAACAACGCUCCAUCCACUUCCACUUCUCAUGCCGUUCCAGAAUCUUCCACUGAGAUGGCAUUAACUUCAUCGAAUGACGAACCCCCGGAAUCCAACAUCGUCAACAGAAACAGAAAUUCUGAUGAAGAAGAGGAAGUAGAUGACGAGGCAGUUCGUCAAAAUCCCAAUUCAGAAAGACGUGGUUCAGCAGCCCUAGAAAGUUUUCAAAGAAGAGAAAUGAGAUCUGGUAAUGUCAGUCCAGCUUCGUCCAAGUUCGGUUCGAGGCCUGGUUCAGGAGAAUCUAGUCGCACCUCGGACAACGGAUCAGACUUCUCGAGACCUGGUACCGGUUCAAUACCACUCGAUGAACCAAGUUACAGUCAACGUCCAAGUGAUGAACCCAUGCCAUCGACGUCUUCGAAAUCCUCGAGUAAUACAUCUAGAAGACGAGAAAACCCGUGCGAAGGCGAUGAGGAAGCUCCAAAGGAUAUGAAACGGAGAAGCAAGAGACUUGAGGGCACUAAAUAA